AUGAGUCCAUAUGGCAGCCCCUCAACAUACGGCCUCCACCAGGUUAAACUUAUUGGUACCACAAUGCUAAAGAGAGCAGCACAAAUAUAUUGUAGUUCUCUGAUCGAUCAUCCUAAUAAAUUUCAAGAGGCCACAGAUGUGUCUCCUGUCUCUCCACAGCUCGUGUCUGCUCUGCACAAUCUCACCAGGCACGUGGUGUACCGGGGCCUGACAAAGCCAGAAGAUAUUCUUGCUCUCUUUCCAGAAAAUUUCCACCAAAACCUGAAAAAUCUUUUAACCAAAAUUAUCUUGGAGAAUGUGUCUGCUUGGAGAAAUGAAGCACAAGCAAGUCAGAUCUCCCUGCCUCGCCUAGUUGACAUGGACUGGAGGGUGGACAUCAAGACCUCGUCAGACAACAUCAGCAGAAUGGCAGUCCCUACUUGCCUGCUACAGUUGAAGAUUCAGGAAGAUGCUGCCUUAUGUGGAAAUAAUCCUGUUGUUUCUGCAGUGACUGUGGAACUGAGUAAAGAAACCCUGGACACUAUGUUGGAAGGUCUGGGAAGGAUCCGGGACCAGCUUUCUGCUGUUGCAAACAAGUGAAUACCAGAGGGCAUGAAUUUCAGCUGCCAGAAAGGACAUUAUUCUCCACCUACAGCUCUGAUAAGUUGCAGCCCAGUGUACUAUGCUUUCUCUCUUAAACAAAAUUAAAGAGAUUUCUUUAAGUUAAUGAAGAUAGCUUUUGAAAAGCUAAAACUUAAACAUGCACUUGGUCUGGUACCAAAAACUGUUUUCCUAAUGUUGCUGAACAAAACCUCUUCUCCAUUUUAGAGAAGGAUUUAAGGGCUGAGAGCCUGGCUUAAUCACAAGGGUAGUAAUGGGAAAUGGCAAAUAGCUACAGCCAAUGAAGCGAGUCCUAUCUUCCUGCCCUGGAAUUAGGAUCUAAAAGGCUCAGCCUGGCUAAUAGGCUGCCUUCCAGCAUUAGCAGCCAAGGAGGGUGCUUCUUUCUGAAACAUGCAUGUACUGAGGCAUAUGCUGGAUGUAGCACACUCUCCCUCCUAACGAAGCACAGCCAUGCUGCAGAUUGUUAUUACAGGAUAAUGAUUUGAAAUAGGGCAAUUUUGCUCCAACGAAUCCCCUUUCGAUCAGCUUCAUAGCACCAUUUGCAAAAUGACUACUCUGAGCAUCUUAAGCAGCUAGUAAUUUCCUCCUCCUGUUUGAAAAGAAAAGGUUAGAUCAUUUGUGU